AUGUCAUUCUGGGAUAAUAACAAGGACUCCAUCAAGUCUGGUUUGGUUUCCGCUGGGAAAUAUAGUUAUCAGGGGACUAAAUUUGUAGCAAAGACAGGUUAUAACGCUAGUAAGAAACAUUAUAAUGAUAGUAAAGACAAAAGAGAUGGUAAGAAUGGUAAGAAAAAGAAGAAAAAGAAGAAAAGUAAAAAUGGAAGUGACUCAGAAUCGGAAUAUUCUGAUUUAGAUGACACAACAACACCAUCGAGAAGCUUAGAAAGUUUCCAAAACCCUGCGAAUUUUCCACCACCACCUUUAAAAGCUGGACAAGUUCAAUAUGUAAGUGGCGGCCAAAUGGUAGUUGGUGAUGGUUCGUCCCCAAUAGUAUCUAUUCCAAAUCAACAAGGGUUCCAACAACAAGGGUAUCAACAACAAGGGUAUCAACAACAGCCAAUGCAACAGCAGCCAAUGCAACAACAACAAGGAUAUCCACAACAGCCAAUGCAACAGCAACCAAUGCAACAACAGCCAAUGCAACAGCAGCCAAUGCCACAACAACAAGGAUAUCCACAACAGCUAAUGCAACAGCAACCAAUGCAACAACAACAAGGAUAUUCACAACAGCCAAUGCAACAGCAACCAAUGCAACAACAGCCAAUGCAACAGCAGCCAAUGCAACAGCAGCCAAUGCCACAACAACAAGGAUAUCCACAGCAACCAAUGCAACAGCAGCCAAUGCAACAGCAGCCAAUGCCACAACAACAAGGAUAUCCACAGCGACCUGUGCAGCAACAACCAAUACAGCAACAGGGUUAUCAGCAGCAGCAGGAAAGCCAACAUUCAGCACAAAUCCAAGCAAUGCCUCCACCGGAACUGCGCCAACCACAGAUACAGGGACAGCAACCAAUGCAACAACCUCCAUUACCGGCGUCUUCUCGUCCAGGUGAUUACUCAAGACAAGCUAUGUCUCUUCCAAAUACAGGAACCACUACUCCUCAGUCAGAAUAUAUGGCUCCAAGGGGGAAUAAUAGUUCAAUGAGUAGUAUUCAACAGAUUUCGACUAUGCCUGAAACAACUGGACUAGAUCAACAAACUCAGGAAGAGCCCGAAGAUUUUAAACCUGGCCCACAUUAUGAAGUUACACCAUUUGAUCAAGUAGCAUACGAAGAAAAUAAGGAAAAGAAUAAAAUUGGAAUUAAACAAACUGAUAUCAGUAGUUUUGCUCCACCACCUUCUCAUAGAGAUAGAGAUGCAAAUAUGAGACUUAAAAGAACAAUAAACACUAGCAACUCAACAAGUUCCUUGCCAUCAAGCAAUAGAAGUAUAUCACAAAUGAAAAACAAGGCGAAUACUGCGAGUCCAACAGAUAGCCCGCCAAAUCUAGGUGGUGGCAGUAUCGAUGAACCCACCACUGAAUCUGAAGCAAAUGUGGAUUCAUCGGAGACUAAAUCUGACGAACCUCCUAAAGCUGCUGUGCUAGGAUCAUAUGAGGAACCAACAACAAGUUUUGCACCACCUCCAAAACCAAGAGGAAUUUCUGUAGCACCCAAAAGUACACAACCGAGUACAUCCAAAAUUGGUACAAAUAAUGUACACAGCAAUCCAAGAUCUGUACCAGAAAGACCCUCAUUACCAACAAGAUCCACUGCAUCAUCAUUGGAUACUACUACAAGGAAUAUAAGACAAACUACGCCAUCUAAUAAUAAAAAGGGAUCUGAAGAGCUGCAGGCUCCUAUCUUGGGUACCUAUGUUGAAAAACCUGUUGAAUUUGUACCACCUCCUAAACCAUUUAGACAUGUAGAAUCUGGGAACAACAAAAACCAUAAUAAUAUGGGUUCGGGUCCACCUCCUAGUACCUCGACAGUGUCCAGUCCACAUCCUCCACUUCUUAGUGCACCACUAACAAACAAUGGUACACCUAUAACAAAAAAUACGCCUGAGGUAAAACCGAAACCUUCAAUGGUUCCUCCAAGUAACAGUACUAUGAAAGAUCCAUCGACAUUUUUACCUCCUCCAAAACCUUUCAGACACUCGGAAUCACUUCCUGAAAGUGGUUCAAGUACGGUUGAUGACGAAAGUCAUCCAUUAGUAACUAAGAAGAAAGCACCGCCACCGGUCAAGCCUAAGAAACCAAAUAUGCUGAGUGCCAGUAAUAGUUUUAAUAAUGGAUCAAGUUCUUCGUUAACACCACCUGGGUACACCCUUGAAAAACGUUCGACAACUUCAAGUAUUGGUAAGAAGAAUCGACCACCUGUAGUUAAGCCGAAACCUAAAAAUCUCUCUAGAAGUAAUACAAAUCCUAUGAAUGAGAUCACUAAUGAGCUAAACUCAUUUAAUUUGGGACACACCCAUGUAGGUCCACCAGUACCAAGUAGUAGACAACAUGGGAAAAAUACAAGCUCGGCUUCAAAUGAAACUGAAGAUGAAUCAAAUCCUUUUGCGAUAUACAAGAAGGAUGCAGUUCCAUUAGAUGAAGACAGAAUCCACAAUAGAAGAUGA